AGCGGAAGCGAAGCGGAAGAGAGAGGGAGAAGGAGGGGCGGGGUCGAGGCUUUGCUGCGCACUGAGUCUCUGCCUCACUCGGGACUGUCGCCGCCGCCGGAGCGGAGAGAAGCAAGCCGGGGACGGAAGCCCCGGAGGGUUGUUGCCGCCGCCGCCUUCGUUCCCACCGCCGCCAUGCCGCUCUUCGCCGCCAACCCGUUCGAGCAGGACGUGGAAAAGGCCACAAAUGAGUAUAACACUGCUGAAGACUGGGGUCUUAUUAUGGAUAUAUGUGACAAAGUUGGUAGCACACCUAAUGGAGCAAAAGACUGCCUUAAAGCCAUUUUGAAGAGAGUAAAUCACAAAAUACCCCACGUUGCUCUACAGGCACUGACUCUAUUAGGAGCCUGUGUUUCAAACUGUGGAAAGAUUUUCCACUUAGAAAUCUGCUCUCGUGACUUUGCCAGUGAAGUGCGUGUAAUCAUAAACAAGGCUCAUCCUAAAGUUUGUGAAAAAUUGAAAGCUUUAUUAGUGGAAUGGUCAGACGAAUUUCAGAAAGAUCCACAGUUUAGUCUCUUAUCAGCAACUAUUAAAUCCCUAAAGGAAGAAGGGGUUACGUUUCCUACAGCUGUGUCACAGGGUAUCUCAACUGCUGCCAAGAAUGGUGCCUCAUCGAACAAGAGCAAAGAAGAUGAAGAUAUAGCUAAAGCAAUUGAAUUAUCUUUGCAAGAACAAAAACAGCAGCAAACGGAAACAAAAUCUUUAUACCCAUCUGUAGAAGCACAGCAGAACAAUCAGAAAAUCUCAAGGAAGGUGCGAGCUUUGUAUGACUUUGAAGCUGUUGAGGACAAUGAACUCACCUUUAAGAGUGGCGACAUUAUUAUUGUUUUGGAUGACAGUGAUGCCAACUGGUGGAAAGGAGAAAAUCACAGAGGAGUAGGCUUGUUCCCCUCUAAUUUUGUGACUUCCAAUUUAAAUGAUGAGCUUGAGUCAGCAACAGCAGUGGAGAAACCCUCUUCUCCUGAAAAUACUACAGAGGAAAUCACAAAAGCUGAGCCUGAGCCAGUUUAUAUAGAUGAGGGUAAGAUGGAUAAGGCAUUGCACGUACUUCAGAGUAUAGAUCCGACGGAUCCUAAGCCUGAUUCUCCUGAUCUUCUGGAUUUAGAAGAUAUCUGUCAACAGAUGGGUCCCAUGAUAGAUGAAAAACUAGAAGAAAUUGAUAGGAAGCAUUCAGAGCUGUCUGAAUUAAAUGUUAAAGUGCUAGAAGCUCUGGAAUUGUACAACAAGCUAAUGAAUGAAGCUCCUAUGUAUUCCACAUACUCAAAGAUGCAUUCAUCCACGCACUAUCCACCCACAACAGCUGGUGUUCCAGUGCAGCCAUAUUCUCUACAUGCUCAUAGCGGGAACUAUUUGGUUCAUGGAGUUCCUCAAGGCUACAAUCCUGGGAGUGAUCAGAUUGGACAGCUGAGGUCCUUACCUCCAAAUAUAAAUUCUUCAGUAGCAUCUCAGCCAGCUUAUUUAAGCACUGGUCUAGAUUCUGUGUCCAGCCCUGCUUAUGUGAACCAGAAUUCUUGCCUGCCACCAGCCAGAACGGUCCCUUAUACCCAACCAAUGAGCCUGCCUAUGGAUAUGCUAGCCUACCAGAACACUCCUUCUAGUUUGCCUCAAGGAACAUGCUAUCCAGCAGUUCCAGUUCAUUCACUUCCACAGCAACAAACAAAUUACCAUCAACAGCCUCUCCUGUGAAAAUGCAGAGUCUGUUCCCGAAAACGGUCUCUGAUGUUGCUGACCCUUGUCAUUUAAAUUGCCCUUCAUUGAUCUAAAAGGAUACUUCUGCUCAAGGGAAAAGACAACCAAGCAAUUUCAAAGCAAAACUUAAUUCAAGUUUAACUGUUUUCUCUGCAUAACUGUUGAAACAAGGUGAGCUGCUAAUGCGGGGGGGGGGGGGGGUUUGUAAAGAGAAAGCCUUCAAACCUUGGCUUGUGUAGUGUUCUGUCUACCCUUCUCCCUAUUUACAAUGAAGCCUCCAUAAAAGUAACUUUCCCUUUCAUAAGUGGAGAGAGUGGAAAGCAAGUUUAUAUAUGCAGCUUUUCCUGUUGUUCUUUCCAGACUUUAUUAAUGCUGUUGUUUUUAUGGAACCUUUAAAUUUCGAAUGCUGUCUUGAAACUCAAUUUAUAUAGAUAAUUUGCUUUCCCUGGUUUGCACCCUCUGCUAGAUCAUCUUAACAGAUUGCUUUUUUAUGAUUGUACAAUAAAGCCGUUGUGAACUUGGGAGAAGGAAAGCCUGACUGACAGUGGAAGUUAAUGGCCUUCUGGAUUUGCCAGCUUGGAUUGUUCGUUUUUCAUUUGUCAGAAAACUAGCUCUGUUUAUUCUGCGGAGUCCUCCUUAUUCCCAGUCUAAAGGAAAAGAGGGUUUUAGGGA